AUGGAAAGAUCCGAUCCUCCUUCACCGAAGCGUCAGAAGACGGAGGAGGAAGCCACCCGCUAUAAUGGCUGUCCCGAUGAUGAUUUCGAUUUCGAUUCCGACGAGUGCUCCGACGGGGAGAUUGAGUUGUUCGACCAAGAGAUGGAAAGGAGCGGCGGGGGUUAUGAAAUCGACUUCAAGAAAUUUCGCUACUGUUUUGGCUGGAGACCAUUUCAUCUGGAUGAUGUCUCAUUCUUUAGCGAUCCUGAAACCAACAGACAUUUCAUCGCUAAGUUGGUUAACCUUGCUCUCGACCAGCACAACAAAGAUAAUGGAUUCUUCUUCAUCUUCAGCUCCAAUCGAACAUUUGGUGUAGGAGCUGGAUCCAAACAUAAAAAGAAGUCCUCAGCUCCUUCUCCUUCUUCUUCUUCUUCCAAGAAGUCUGUCUCCAAAUCUAGCCAGAAGGUGCUGACCAAAAAUGAUGAAAACUGGCCAAAGGAUAUACCAUCAGAGUGUGAGUCUUGUCACAUGGAUUGCGGUGACAAACUCAGAGAUGCCAUGCAUCAAGGGAUAUGCGAUAUAUGUUGGGCUAUUGCACACGCACGAUGUAUCGAAGCAUGGAUCCAUAUCAAAUAUGGAAUAGUGGUCCACUUGUCACCACAACAUUUGGUUAACAACAUAAGGAACAAGUGCAAGAAAACGGGAAAGGUCAUUAAGUAUAACGAAAUCAGAAAUUUCUUGAUGACAGAUGGCCUUGUUCUUGAGGAAACCUGCCCAUUCUCGGGGGAGAUCACUGCUAAUUGUCCCAAAAGUUGCCAAAAAAGUGACUUAAAGUAUAUGAAAGGCAAAGAAGUGAAUGAGGAAGAAUUGAUCAAGCUUGUCAUGAAAGGUCCUGUGCUUGCUGUGGUAGAUGCUUACAAAAGCUUUUUAGCCUACAAAGAUGGAAUCUACAAAGGUCAGACAAAUCGCAAAGAUAUGUGUUGUGGUCGCCACUUGGUCAUUGUGCGUGGUUUCAACACCACUUUAGAUGGUGUCAACUACUGGAAAAUUCAAAACUCUUGGGGAACUGAAUGGGGACAAAAUGGAAACGGAAUGAUGAUAAGAAAGAGUAGUCAAGAAGGCAACAAACCCUCUCUCUUUCUCAAUGUUAUCCAAGUGGAGGUCAGAAGCAAAAGGAAGGUGUCAAUGGAGUUUGAUCUUUGA